UUUCAAUGCUUCGAAAGGCAAUAAAAACCGACGUUUCUGAUGAAGAUUUUCAGUAUUGGAAAUUCAUUACCUGUAUCCUUUGCUGUAGGGCGCAUUUCACAUUUAAUUAGUAUUCAUUAGUUCUACUUUCGAGGGCUCCAAAAAUGAUGAUGCAAAAGAAUCACCUGAUUUGCAUUGCUGUUAGCUUCUUCCUAUCAAGUGCUUCUGCUACACAUCACCCAGCCCCUGUUGCAGUGAAAGGCUGGACAGUGGUUUUCAAACUGUUUGACCCUAACAUGCAUAAAUAUUUAGAAGAAAGACAUAUAGACAAUUUCUUUAAAAAAAAUGACAAUGCCGAAUUUUUCAAUGACAUCACCAAGGAAGAGAUGUACGCACUGAUAAACACCAAAACGAAAAAACUCACCUAUGAAAAGUUCAUCAGAACCAUGAAAGACAGGGAAAUGACCACUUUGCAAGCUCUACAAAAAGCCUUUCCUGGAAAACUAGUGUUCUGGGAAAAGAUGUGAACAAGCGGUUCAAUUUUUACUUAUUAUUCAGUUUUCCUAGAAAAGAAAAUAACACACUAGAAGAUGCUGUUGAAAAGAUCGAUCACCUCUUGAUAGAUCAUUAUUAUGAAACUGGGAUUAUCGCUUUGACUAAAGCAGGACAAAUACCGGUAUAACUCCAUCUUCAAGCUUUUCAUUCAUGUAAAA